UUUGUGUACGAAGUUUGAAUCGGGGGGAAAACAUGUCGGAUAUUUUUGAGUGCAAUUUAUAAAGACAAAAUAAUCAAGAUGUCGUUGAAUAAAGAGAAAGUGAAGAAGGAGUUGCUCCAGAGUUUGGAGGUUGCCAUGUGUAAGUUGCACAGAAUAUGGAGUGAGAUUGGUAUCUGUGAAACACAGCGACAGGAAAGAUCAGGAACUGUCAUGUUGCAUCUCCGAAAUCUCCUGGAUGAAAUGGUUCGAGAAGAAGAAACUUUGAAGAAUUCCAUUUCACAACGAACAGAGAAAUACAGACGAGAGUUAGACAUUUUAACUGAAGAAAUGUCUGUACCAGAAUAUAAAGCCAAAGUGGGUCUAUCUAUGCUCCAACUGGAGAAGGACCUGAAGUUAAGGUGCGAGACACUAGCUGCAGAGAAGCGGGAGAGACUGCAGGUGUUGGAGACACUGAAGGAUGAGGAUCAAAAACUGUGUGAUCUGAUGUGUCUGACUCCCUACUAUAUCCCCACUGGAACCACGCCUAGUUCCGAACAGUUGGAGGCUCUCAAAAAACAUGUCAACUCUCUCAAAACAGAAAAGGCAAAACGCUUUACAGACUUUGUAAAUAUCAAGAAAGGGAUUGUGGUAUUGUUCCAAGAAAUGGACAGAACACCAGAGUCUGACUUUGAAAGAGAUGUAAUUUGUGAAGAAGAUGACACAUUCCAAUUGUCUGAAGACAACUUAAAAUCCUUAAGGUUAUUAAAGACAGAGCUGGAGGAGCUUCUGGAAGACUUACGACAGGAUUCGGUCAAAAUGUGGGAAAGAAUCCAUGUCUUAUGGGACAGACUUGGCUUGGCCAGCGAUGAUCGUGCCACUUUUUCAGAGGGUAAAGAAGGGGUCAAGCCCACAGUGAUGCAGGCUCUAAAAGAGGAGAUUGCUCGCUGUGAGAAGCUGAAGUAUGAGCAUAUGCAGCGAUUUGUGGAAAGCACACGACGAGAACUGUUGGAGUGGUGGGAUAAAUGUUACUACAGUCAGCAGCAGAGAGCUGCAUUCAAACACUUCCACAUCACCGAUGAUUACACAGAAGAGCUGUUGGAGAUACAUGACAAAGAAGUUGCUAAAAUUCGACAAAUAUACGACAGCCAUCACCAAUUGUACGAAAAUGUGGCGCGCUGGGAGGAACUCUUCAAGCAGAUGCUCGAGUUUGAGCGAAAAGCAUGUGACCCAAACAGAUUCAAUAACAGGGGAGGUAAUCUGCUUCAGGAGGAGAAGGCUAGAAAGAAACUCCUUAAGGAACUGCCAAAGGUCGAGGAGGAGGUAAAAGACAACAUUGCAGCAUGGGAGAAAGCCCAGGGCCAGCAGUUCCUGGUGGAGGGGGAACGUUUCAUGGACUACAUAGAGAGUCGAUGGACCAGAUACCAGAAGGAAAAAGUCAAGGAAAAGGAAGAUAGGAAUAAAGCCAAGGCUAAGUUGAUGGAAGAAGAGGUUUUCUUUGGCAGUAAACCCAACACUCCUGCCAAACGGCGCUUCCUUGGUACCCCCAGCAAAACACCAUCAAAGAUGAGAAAGCUCAAUGAUGGUGGAGUGUCUGUUCAAAUGUCCCUAAAUUUAAAGGGAAAUGAUACAACCCGCACACCUGGAUCCUGCAGUAGAAUUGCUUCAUGUAGCCGUAUACAACACAGCAGUGUGUUUGCUUCCCCUUAUCGUAAACCCCCCGCCUCUACAAGUAAACUGACCCCUGCUGGUAUCAAAUCGGGGAAAACAGCCCGACGACGGUCUAAUCGCAUUGCCCGUAAAGUGCUGGCUGAAAAGAACAUCCCGGACAAUCAUGUGAUGACAAAUGACACCAUGUUUAGUCACACGACGGUAAGCAGCUGCUUCCAGCCGCACACAAAUACAGGAGAGCUAUCCGUCGUGUCAACCGGGGACUACCAGGAAUUUGAAAGAGAAAUACGAUCCCGGCCAUAUUGUCGAAGUAGCAUUUUACCCAGUCCUGGCAAGAAAGUGUGUUAAUGGCUGACCACACAUUGUAAAUAUGAACCUGCCUGUAUAGGAAUGGUGCUGCCAGUUUUCAGUACAACAAUGAAUUAAAUGGAUUGAGACUUUUCACAUUUUCUGCCAGUAAAUCCCUGUGUAUGACAGGAUAACUGCAUUCUCAUGUUUAUGAUGUCAGCAAGUGUGAGGACUGUUAAAUCAGCAGUGUGAUAUUUAGGGAUGGUGUACUAUAACAUGAAGUGGGUAGGCUCUGGGGAUGAAAUUCUUAGGAAGGAAUGUGUAUUCAAAUUGUUUUCUUUUUCUGCUUGUGAAACUUUUUUUUUCUCAAGAGACUUAUGUUAAAUCAUUGUGCAGAGUGGAGGCUUGCAUGUCUUGCAUUGUUCUUCAUUAUCUGUUUUGAGUGACACACUGGUGAACCAAGCCUUUUUUGGCCUAUACAUGUGUAAAAGUUAUAAUAAACAAACCAGUGUUUUUAUUAUAUAUAGGAAUAAUACUUAUAACCAGAAUGUCAGUUAACCAUUACAUAUAAAUGGAAGAGUUUUGUAAAGUAAUGUAAGACGGCUGAAGGGAAAAAGGCAGAUGCAGUGGAAAUCUGUAUGUGCAAACAUCUCUGCUUUCAAAAUAUAAAAAGAAAAAUCUAAAAAACAGUAAAUACUGAAAACUAGAGUUCUGAUUGUAAAAUUUAUUUAUCUUAAACUUCUUAUGUCACAAGUCUUUAGAUGAAUGAUUGAACUUGUUUGAUAUAUUCCAUAUGGCGUAGUCGCGAGUGUAAGGUUUUGUUUAUCACCUAACUCAUAUUUAUGAGAAUGUAGGUAUGGUAGAAUAUAGGCCAGUUGAUUAUUUGGUAAAUGUUUUUCCUUACCAUAGGAAUAGUUUUUGUCUGUUUUGCCAACUCAAAUAUCUCGCUGAAAAUAGUUCGGUGUAUGUUGUUUGUAGGUAUAUUGAUCUCCUAUAUAUCUUAAUCCAUUUUCUGAAGUAAAAUCCUAAACCAUCAAAGUAUUAAUAAUUAAAUAUGUGCACAUUGUACACGUAAUGCGAUAUAUGGGUUGUGGGCAGUUGAACCUGUUGUUCUAAAAAUUGCUGGUACCUAGAAUAUGGUUCAAACACAUUUCACACAGGAAGUAUUUGACAAAGAAAAUAUAUUUAAAGAUUUCUUAUGAAUCUCACAACAAUUAAGAUAUUUCUUGUGAAUCUCUGCAGACAGUAAAUCCCCGGAGAACAGAAGUAUCAUGCACAUUUCAAUAUUGUGAUAUGUGAAUUUACUACAUGUAGUCUGUUUUAUUUAAAUUUUUUAUUUAUUUCAAUGCUUUGAAUUUGAAUAGCUUUACUCUCAUAACCUUCUCUCAGUUCCUCUUGACAGCGAAUGGGGAUCAUGGUCGCUUUUAAAAUGUUGCCAUACACAACAUAUUUUGCUGUUGUAUACAUGUACAAUUGUAUAUAUUAUUGAUGUUCAAACUUGUGUAGUAUAAAGUUAUCAGAUUGAUGUAUAUAUGUAUGUAAACUAGAAUGUGUCAUUUUUGUUUGUACAAAGACAACAGAGACAACAGCUGUUAUCAAAAUGGUCUUGAUUUUAAAAAAAAUAAUUGUAUUCUGUAUCUAGUCAUCCCUUUAUGUGUUGGGCCAUUUCUAUCCUUGGUGUUAUCUAUCCAACACAGGAAAUUUGUAUUUGUAGUGUGUGGAGUUGAAAUAUAUUUCAUUCCUACAAUAACAGCAGAAAGUGUUGUUAUAAGUCUAAGUUAAGAUGUGUGGUAUCGAGGACUGGGCUUAAGUGUACAUUAUUUUGCCUAAUCUUGCUGUUUCAUCAGGGACAACAUUUUCAUAAACAUUAAAUCGCAGUUGAUUGUAGAGACAUAACAAGUUUCCUUUAUAGUUAUUUGUAGUUUCGUCUGGAUACUUGCACUUGACUGUCAUUGUAAUUUUAGGUUCUCCACAUUUGACAUCAGUUCCAUUUUGGAAUAUUGCAGUCCUCAGUUAAAGCAAAAAGAUCCAUAAUAUUGAAACUGUUUACUUUCACUUAAAUACUACUUACAUGAAGGAAACUUGUUAAACUCAGUCCUACUCUUGGAUAUUUAUUUAGAAUGGAAAACAAUUAUUUUAUCAUUUGUGAAAAUGUUGGUCCUGUGCUAUAGAUUUGUGGAGCAGGUUUGAUAAAGGGAUGGAAAAUAUAUUGUUUUCGUAGCUAGAUCAACACUAUGUUUAAAGGGUUAAAGUCAUCAUCCUACAACAUUUUAUAUGGUAUUUUUGAAGUAUUUCCGUAUACUGUAUUCUGACAUUGCUCUGCUGUGGCAGACUGUAGGGAAUAUUGUGUGUAUUUUAAUGUAUGUCAGUCACAUGCGUAUAUUUUAGAAUGUCCAUAAAUGAUCAUGAUUAACUGGGUAAGAAGGUUGUUCGUUUAUACAUGUUUGUGUUCAAUACGAGUUUACCUUGACUGAAAUAUCAGACCUUGUUGAUGUUCAUUGAUUUUAUAUUUGGAAAAUUUUGUGUACAUGUUUGAUGCUAGAGUUGAUUUUAUAGUAUGCUUUUGCGCAUCUUUUGUAUCUACGUAGAACUACACUUUAAUACUAGUAUGAAGAGUAAGUAUGUUAAUAAAGUUAAAUGCACUUAUGUAAAAAAAAAAAAAGUAUGUAAAAGCUAUUACAAAUACUGUAUUAGCACAUUUACCCCCAAACCCUAACUAGCAGUAUGUGUACCUGUAUUACUGUAAUACAAAUUUGCAAUGUUUACUUGCUAGCAGUCUAAUUGAAAUCAGAUCUCCUUACACUAUGUUAUGACGUGUAACGAGAGAUCUGUUUUUAAUUAGAUUAACUUGUUAGUAACAUAUUAAAGUAUAUUACUGACAUAUUAUUUUAUGCCCUGUCACUCAUUGAUAGUGAUGUGAUGCUACUCUAUUGUAUGAUCAGUUCUUUUUUGGCCAAACAUAUUUUUCCCCAACUUCUCACAUCUUUACGGACUGAAGAUUUCUAGGCUUUGGUGAAGUUUUGCAUUUCUUGUUUAAAAGUUUUAUUUUGCAGUUUUUCAUGCACUCAUGAUUUGUGAUAGAAGGGUGAUAUUUUGUUUGAUGACAGUUCUCUAGGCAUCAAACAUCAAUGAUGUGCUGUAAAUUUGAAAAUAGGUACAUCUAUUUUUAUUGAAAUUUUAAUAUUUCCCAUAUUUUUUGAUAUUUUGGAAUUCAACUAAAUUUGCUUUUAGUUCUAUAUCCAAAUUAAUAUCACAAACACAUUUCUAGCUUAUCAUUAAACUGAAGUUACUCAUUAUGUAUCUUUAACCUCAUAUUUGAAUUUCAAUUUUAAUAGAAAAGUGAAACAAAGGAUAAUUAAAACAAAUGAGUUUCUGUGCAAUAUCUUUUUGGCCAUUUUACGCUAGAUCAGCUUAUCAGCAAUGCCACUUUAAAUGAUGCCUCUAUAUAAGUAUCUUCAUCUCAAAAUCAGACGAGAAAUCAGAAGCUCUAUUAUUGCUCACUAUAGUAGAAAUCUUGGCUACCAUUAUAUAAAUCCUACAUUUUGUAUAACUCCAAAUUCAGAUUUUGACAGUACCCAAAAUUGUUUACAUGGUAGGAAAGUAGCAGAUGGAUAGUUAAUUAUCAGUAGUAAUUGGUAGUAAUUCGGAAAACGUUUUAUUGCCACUUCUGUAAGUAAGAAAGGAGACCAUGUCUGGGGUGGUGCAUUGUAAGUACAUUAUGGCGGUUGGAGUGAUGAUUUUGGUGGCUAUAUCUCCACCUCCUGCCUUUUCUUCAGGGAGUGCGGUGAGCAAGUGUACAUGUAUGUGUGUCUAUAUUGUAUCCUACCUUCCCUUCUUUCUAUCACUCCAGGCAGGAUGUGCAAGAGAUAUAAUACCUCAUUCUUCAGAAAGUCCUACAUUAACCGCAAUGGCUUUGUAUCAAUGUCACAAGUCUUUGUCUGCCUUAUAUAGAUGUGGAUGGAAUAAUUCAAAGACUGAUUUUACAUUAUUCAAAAUGAUCAAGUAAUUUGUCAGCAGCUCAGUGACUGGAAAUUUGAAGUCAUUGAGCCAUCUUAUUUUAAUUUAAGCUUUUAAAUUGUCAAAUUUCUUGAUGAAACAUUUCAUUUUUUUAACAGAAAUCUGAAGAUUGUAUAAUAAAUAUAUGAAUGAAUAAUU